CUAUGUAGAAAAAUGUGUUUUCUACAACUCAAUUCUAUAUGAACUCGCCUGACUUCCCCAGAGUUCUUUGCUGCAAGGCGGCACGUUGCGGAUUUUUCCAUAUUUUCACGUGAGGAGGGGCCAAAAUCUGCCUAAGAUGAGCUGCUGUCCCGCCUUCAUAGACCUCCCAGAGGAGGAACAGAUAAUAGAACUCAGGAAGUACCUGAAGACGACAGGUGCUGAGAUCUCGGAGGAGAACUCGGGAGGGGAAUGGAUCACGGACCUGAUGCAGGUCAUCGAUGCCACAGAAACGUGCUGGAAGUCAGCUGAUGAAGCACAGGUGGAGGGUUUCUUCACCAGUGUCCUGUCACUGGUCUUUAUCGUCCCCACUGCCAAGAUUGACGAGGUUGUCCUGUCCUUGUGUGAGAAGGUGGUGAAGGGAGGAGACAAGAUGAAGGAGCUCAGGCUUAGAAUCUUGAACAACUUGUACAACGGUGUUGAUGAGAGGUCCCCUGUCAGGUACAAUGUGUACUGCGCCAUGGUCAAACUCGCAGGACAGACCAACAGUGUGGACUGUAUCAACACCAACCUGGAGGAGGUUCAGAAGUGGAUGAAGCUGUGGAACCUGGACACAGAGAAGAGGGUGAACCUGCUCAGGCGACUGCUGGAGGCUUUCCUGGAGUGUAAACAAAGUGAAACUGCCAGUAAGGCCAUGGUGGAGCUGUUGAGAAGUUACACAGAGGACAACGCCUCUCAGGCCAGGGACGAUGCACACAGGUGUAUAGUACAUCACCUGGCCCAGAAGGACAUGUACCUGGUGGACCACCUGCUGGUUCUCAAACCCAUCAAGUUUCUGGAGGGAGAACUCAUCCAUGAUCUGCUGACCAUAUUUGUAAGAGGGAGUCUUCACAACUACAUGGAGUUCUGCAAGUCCAACCCAGACUAUAUUGAAAAGCUUGGUCUGUCCCAUGAGCUGUGUAUAGAGAAGAUGCGUUUCCUGACGUUCCUGUCAAUGGCCUCUGACAACAAGGAGAUCAUGUUUGAUACGAUGGAGCAACAACUCAACCUGACAGCAGACGAGGUGGAGGCAUUCCUCAUCGAUGUCGUGCGUACUCAACUGGUGCAGGCGUCCAUCGACCAGAUCCAGCGUAAGAUCGUUAUCCGCUGGUCGCAGCACCGCACGUUCGGCCGGCAGCAGUGGCAGCAGUUACGCGACAUGUUGGAGCGGUGGAGGGAAAACCUGGGCACGGUCCGGAACAACCUCCAGCAACUCACUCCGGCGUCGUAGAGCAUAGCAUAUAGCAGGGUAGAGAUCACAACUGCCGGUAGAGAUCACAAUCAGAGUCUUUGAUUGGGAUGCAGGGAAUAUGUGAGGGCAGUCUCCCUUUUAUAAAUCCUAAAUUUCAAGUCAAUCCAUUAAUGAAAAGUGACAUGAAUCAAAGUU